AUGGAGGGAUGCAAGACUGUAUCAACUCCAUUAGACAACAACAAAGCUCUCAAGAAAGAAGAUGGCUCACCGAAAGCUGAUGAAUCAAAAUUUCGAAGUCUAAUUGGCAGCCUACUAUAUCUAACUGCUACAAGACCAGACAUAAUGUACGCAGUUAGUCUCCUAUCAAGAUUCAUGCUUGAUCCCAGUCAAGUUCACUACGGAGCAGCCAAGCGAAUCCUCAGUGACUGGGCAGGAUCCAUGGACGACAUGAAGAGCACGUCAGGAUAUGCCUUCACACUUGGAUCAGGAAUAUUUUCAUGGGCAUCAAAGAAGCAAGCAACUGUUGCGCAAUCAUCAGCAGAAGCAAAGUACAUUGCAGUAGCAAUGACUACAAGCCAAGCUUUAUGGCUCAAAAGAAUACUUGAAGACAUGGGAGAAUUAUGA